AUGUCUGAAUUUUCAGAAAUGGUUUACGUGAAACAGGUUAGUGUCAGUGAUUUAGAAGAGAGCUACCCGCAAACAGUUACUUUAUCCAUACAUAGAGACGCGAUGAGUAAGCCACUCUUUGAAGUAUUUCUUGAAAAAUAUCUUGAUGAAAUAGAUUUCACUUCAAAUGAAAUUGACGCUUUACAAGGAUUGCUUAGUGAUAAAGCUGAAAGUAUCGAAAAUGGUAAAACGAAACGUCAGUUAUACCAAGCCAAGCAAGGGCAAACAUUUGUUGGAGUAAACAGGGUAUCGGAAAAUCAAUUUCAGAUACAAGGAAAGCUUUGCAUAGAUGGUAAUGUCAUAGAAAUUCAGCCGUUAGACGAAAUGUCACAUCAAUCAAAGCACUUUUUCUCUCUGAAAAGGAAUGGUGAAAGUGAUGAAUGCCCGACCAAUGAAAAACAUCAGAGAAACGAACUGGGCAUUAUAAAAAAGAAACUACCCAAUUUCAAACUUUCCAAUGCCUUUGGCACAUAUUCGAGGGAAGCAAAGUCGAAAGACAGAGUAAAACGUGAAAUCGAACAUUUGACUAUCGAUCUGCUCAUGGUCAUCGAUUUUGCAGCAUAUAGCUGGUGGAAAGAUAUGGUUGGCAAGCCAGAUAGCCAGGAUUUUGAAAUAAUGGCAAAAGUCAGACAGUAUUAUGCUUAUAUAUUCAAGGGUAUCGACGACAGGUUUGGUAGCAUUCAAAAUCAAGGUUUUAAAAUUGAUCUUGCAUUUGCUGGAUUGUUUGUUGCUAAAACUGAGAUCGAGUCUUACUGGACUACAAAGAGCGUUAUUGACGGAGACGGAGAAAGUAUACGUGUAAUGGUUAAUUCAUCUGAAGCUCUAGAAAAGUUUCAAAAGUGGCUUGAUGAAUCAAAUUUUCUUCCAAAAUACGAUCAUGCAAUGCUGUUCACAGGAACAAAUCUGACUUAUGCUGGUAGCCCUGGAAAUACAGGAUUAGCAUUUGCAUCAUCGAUGUGUCGAAACAUAUCAAACUCGUCAAUAGUUGAAGAUAUAUUCGAAUACAGAACUGUCACAUUUGCAACCCAGCAAAUUGCACGUGCUCUUGGUACAAGAGAUGAUAUGGACAACAAUGACUGUCUCGAGUUCUUUAACUACAUGAUGGUCCCAAAGUUCAAGUUGCCGAUAAAGUCAUUCGGAUCAAAUAAAUGGAAGUUUUCACAAUGUUCCGAACAGUACAUUAAUGACUAUAUAGUAGAACUGAAUGAUGAUGGAUUAACGUGCUUGAAAGAAUCAUCAUUAGAAGUAAGAUACCCCCCUGAAUUAGCCGGAUUGAUUACUGAAUUGCCCGGUGUUACAUAUACUGGUAGACAGCAAUGCGAAAAUGCGCUUGGUUUGGGCUCAGAUGUUUGCCGUAAAGAAAUAAAAACAGAAUAUUCGAAAAUUUGCGGAGGACUAUUGUGUACAUUUCCGGGGUCAGAGUAUUGUGGAUUUAUUCUACCAGCAGAUGGAACUCCAUGUGGUAACAAAAAAUAUUGCCAUGAAGGUAGCUGUAUUGAAAAUAACAGUGCUCCCGCGAGCUCUGACACUUGCGCAUUUGGCAAUGAACCAAACAUAGGCUGCUUCAACCUUGUUGUAAGUGAACCAAGUCAGUGCUACAUUGCCGACAUUAGACAUACGUGUUGCCAGACUUGUGAAGCAUUAUUUACCGGGAUUACUGGUUGUGAAUACGGUGAUAGGUCUGAUGAUUGUAUGCGGAUUGAGUGUGAGAACGGCGAUCAAGAUUAUGCACCGAAGACAUGUUGCUUAACAUGCUUCGAUGGACCUACACCAUUUGCUAGACCACAACUGAGUACCAUGACAGAAAUGUCAGUGUCACAUACAUCUACUACUGCAACAACAGCAAUAACUACAGCUGGAAUUACAUCAACAGCAUCGAAUCCUACAACAACUUCACAAUCAUCGAUAUUACCUCUUACAUAUGCUAACCAUACUCCUUCAACGUUUUCUUCUCUAUGGACAACAGCUGCAACAGCGAAAUCAUCGGAUAACCCUUCCUCGUCGACUUCAUAUAUCUUGUCUUCUACAACGUCCUCAACCUUUAUCCCCACUUCAGAUAAACAAGCUCCCCGUGUAGAUACAACAACCAUUGAAGAUAAGCAAAGUACACUUAAUGUUAUUAAAUUACCAACUUCAAGUGCUUCUUCUGCAAGUACAUAUGAAGAAUAUCAAGAUAUAUUUGAUGGACACACAACUAAUAUUCAACCUAAUUUCGACAGCAGAAUUACAACCUCAGCGUUCGAUGAUGUCGAAUACUUGACAACAGAACUUCCAACAUCUGAGAAACCAUCGGUAGAUGCAACUAACAAUGCUGAACAACCAUCUACAUCUCAGCUAUUACAGUCUAUAAAAACGUCUAUAGCAACAACGGAGGCAUCUCAAAAUUAUGCGUCCGCCGGAUCACAAACGACAACGGAAAGUGUUCCAGAAACAACCACAGUCCGUCCUGUCCAAAGGGACAAAUGUGCAAUUACACCGAUUUGUAACUGCAUUGUUAAAGUAGCUCCAGUUUCGAGUACAAUCCCUGUCUCUAGUGCGACAUCUUCAAAACAAAAAUCAUCGGACCAUAGUUCUGCAACAAAAUGUAAUUCUGCUUAUCAUAAAGACACUAACCAAUCGUUGAUAAACAGAUUAUUCUUUAAAAGUCUGGCCGGGUCAAUGAAGAAAAGUCAACGUCGUAUUAGUAACAGCGUAUACCGAAACAUAAAGGCGUUAUAUACAGCUAUCAGUGGACAUCUUAAGGGAUUUCAUCGAGAGUAUGAAAACGAAAACGAGUCCGGCCGAGAGGGAAAUGAGAUUCGGUCAAAUGAUGACGACGAUGUGAACAGAAAGCUAAAGCCUAUUUGGAAGAAGCAGUAUCGUGAUUUAAUCAGUAAUCUGAAAAGGGACAUCAGGGAAAUGCGCUACAGGGUUCUUGCUUUGCUUAAUAGGCAUCUUAGGGACAUUACAUAA